AUGACAAAUGUCCCCACCGAUCUCUAUUUCAACACGAAUGGACCAUUUGGUAUGGACUUUCCACUCGAUGGCUGGAACGACUACACUGGAGAACUUCCUCGAGAGAGCGAAUAUCUCGGACCCGGGUCCAUGAAUACGCUUGCCAAUGUCCCGGUGCAACAGCAAAACUUCUUUCCGAGCAACAUGAUUUUGGAUCCACAACUCAUGGGUCUUGACAUGGGAAUCAACCUUGACACUGCCAAUCCCAACUUUAUGCUCCCAAUAACUACAGAGCAGAUCAAUUCUUUUGAAGUGCCUCAUGCGAUAGAGAACUCCCAAUAUCUAAGCUUGCCUAUGGACAGCUCACAGGAGUCUUCUGUUACACCUGACAUUAUGUCCUCAAGUCAAUCGAAUUCGACACCAGCGACUGUACCGGACGUAGAGGAUGUAGAAGAGGAAGGGCUGGACGAAGAAGAAAGUCUGUUUGUAACGGACCAAGAUGACACUAUAGUACACUAUGGUAUGCUUCACAACGUUGAAGUCAAAUUAGUCCCGGAUGAUAUGUCAUCUCUUGAUGACCGACUGAAGACAGGCGAAUCAGCAUACCAAUACUUCACGCCCACCGAAUAUCAAAAGCAAGUCAUGCUUUGCUUUCCAGACGAUGAGAAGAAGCAUUUUGGCCAUCUAUCUUCUGCCGCUGGACAAGCUCUCAUGCCACUUAUCACUCGUCCACGCGUUGACGUUGAGCCUUUAGCAUUGAAGGCCGACUUACGAGAAAUUAUUCAUCGCGCGAAUAAAUCCACCGACGCACGUGUCAAAGUCGAUAUCAAUAUUUAUGGGCCGCGAUCUGAGGGGAAUUCUGUCGGGCAGGUUCUCUCAAAUGGGAAGCUAUGGUUGCAACGAUCGAUCCACGGUAGAGGUGGCACGGAAUACGAUAAUCCGCAUUUUCUCAGCAUCACUGUCGCCGACGGACAAGAUGGGAUGGUUCCAAAUGAGGUCGUUGCUUCUAACGGGCCCACCAAGAAGAAGACACGGGAGGAACAACUUCGACAGAUGGUGGAAGAAGUAUACAAUGCAGUGGACAAUACACGAGAGCUAGAGCUAGUCGAAGGAGGCGACAGAGUCACUCGUCAGCUUCUCAGACAUCAGAAAGAAGCCCUGGGUUUCAUGCUAGAAAGAGAAUCCGGUCACAUAAAUGACCAAUACCGGCUUUGGAAAGAAAUUGUGCAGGACGGAAGAGUUCAAUACCGUCAUAGAAUCACCAAAAGACGGAGAGACACCAGACCCGAAGAAAAAGGCGGUGGAAUUUUGGCUGAUGAUAUGGGAAUGGGAAAGUCACUUUCUAUCCUCGCCUUGGUGAUGAAAACCUUGGAUAAUGGUCAGGAGUGGGCGAACAUGAAGAACGCUGAACACAAGGGUAGAAAAGGGACUAGAUUUUCCCGGUCGACUCUCGUCGUCGUCUCAGCUGCGCUAUUGGUUGAUGAGUGGAUGAACGAGGUGAAAAAACAUCUGCAGAGUGGUCUCAAAAUCAUCAAGUAUCAUGGCGACAGACGACCGAAGGAUCUGUCCCAACUCGACACGGUAGAGGACUCGGAUAUCGUGGUUACAACUUACCACACUCUUACUACCGAAUACUUGAUGGGGAAGGGCAAGACCUCACCGCUAUACAAGCUCGGGUGGUAUCGGGUUGUUCUUGACGAAGGCAAGUCUCAUCCUCGACCACUCACAUCAUCCGACGCCCAUCUACGAAAUUCUUCCAAGCCUGCGACUAUCUCCACGCCAACUCCCGGCUCUCUCUUUCGUUUCAUCCGUGCUGAGCCAUUUGACAAGGCAUCUGAAUUUCGAAAGUGGAUAGAGACACCAUUUGAUAAUUCUUACGAUGAACCUACUCUAGUCCGGGAUCGUCUGGUCAUGCUGCUCGAGGCCUUGUGCCUACGCCGCACUCGAGAGGUUUUGGAAUUACCAAAAACACGCCAAUUCGUGCGCCAUCUUGAGUUCACUCAAUCGGAGAGGGAUCAAUAUGAACGAACAAGAAAUAUUAUUCACCGAAACAUGCAGCAUCGAAUGGGAGAGGUUGAGAAGAGUUCUCAGUUUGGCAUGUUUCAGAUGUGGCUUCAGUUACGUAUCGUCUGCAAUCACGGAACUUAUCAAAAGCUCUUCUCAUGGCAUCGCAGGAAUUUACUGGAGGAAAGAGAAGCGAUUGUUGGAGCUGCCGGUCAAUAUGGGGAGAUGUCAUGUGUUGGCUGCGAGCAACCAAUGCCAGUCCUUGGGCAUGAUUGGUCGAAGAAAAUGUUCGAGGAUGGAUGUUCUCACGUUCUGUGCCCAAAGUGCAUCGAAGACUCAAAAUUCUCUGAGCUGGAAACUUCACAAAGGCGCUGUCCCGUCUGUGUCAGAUGGUAUCAAGCACCGUCGCCCGCAGGUAGUGAGGAAGGAUCAGGCGACGGCACACGUCAACGCAAACGAAAGAGAAAUGCAACUACGAACGACGACCAUGAGCAUUAUUUCAACACUGACGGGCAUUCGACCAAGAUUCGAGCGCUCGUUGAAGAUGUUCGGAAGGAUUUGUGGACGACGAAGAGCAUCAUCUUUUCGUGCUGGACCAGAACACUUCAUCUUAUCGCAAGACAUCUGGAAAAGGCCGGUAUUCCUUACCUUCAGCUUGACGGAAACAGCCCUUUGCCUUAG